CCAGGUUUAUGAUAGCAGAACUCUCCUUCUCACUCGGAGUCAAGUCCUGGUUACGUUUCACCAGCGCCUGCAAUGAUGAUUUUGUUUUUACUUCUUCUUAUUCCAAGUCCUUCGGUCUCCGUAGGGUCUCCCCUAGAAAAACUAGCAGAUGAUGUGAGGAUAAUGCAGGACACCCUGGCCUCUAUACAGGGCAGCCUCAUGACCUCGGUCAGACUUAUUCAAGACCAGGUAAUGGAGGUUGGAAACAGGUUGGAUAUUCAGUUUAACUCCAAGCUGGUCAACCUGGACAAGAAGCUGGAGGUGGUUAGCAGUAACCUAAACACUGUCAAGGAUCGUGCUGGUCAAUGGGAGAGCCUUGCUCCUCAUCUUCAAGCUCUCUCAGUUAGGACAACUGAUAUAGAACAGAAACUGGAACAUUUCACCAGAACACAUUCAGACCAACUUAGUGAACACAACAGGAAUGGACAGUUUCGAUUGGAAGGAAUCACAAGGAAGAUGGAAGAAAUAGGAAGUCAAGUUCAGGUUCUGGACAAUAGAAUGAUAGGCAUACAGGACAAGAUCAGCAUACUACCAGCCAUAGAGAACAACAUGAAGAACAUAACCACAAGAGCACUUUUUCGGCAUAGAGGUUCUGCUGCACAGUGUCAAGAUACCAAAGAUAUGCUAGCUGGUGUUGCAAAUAAAGUAAACCUUCUGGUUGACAAGUUUACAGUAGAUAGUUCUGCAACAAGCAAUGGACCAAACUUUGAGUUCCUUCGUUCUGAUCCACCUAAUUCCCAGGAUGCAAGCAGUGUUGUAGCAGAUCAUGAUGAAUUAGAGAUUGAAGAUGCUCGCCUAGCAAGCUUAAUUCGUAAAAUUGUUCUGCCAUAUAAGAGGGCAAACAAGAAGCUGAAGGAUAUGGAAAGUGAACAAGGGAAGUUGGAAACUAUUAUGACCAGGCUAGAGGAGAAGUUCACCAGACACUUGGAGGAUAUUAACAGAAAAGUUGGAGAUUUUGGAAUAACAACAACAGAUGCGUCUCAAGAGCAAACUCAAAUUAUAGAAGGAUAUGGUAAGACUCUAGCUGCAGUAUUACAGUGUUGCAAGGGUCAUAGUGUGGAUUACAAUAGAUUCAUGGCCUCUGCAUCUCCUGUCAUAGAUAGAUUGGACGCCUGGAUGGUUUCUUGGAGAGCAGAAGUAUCUCAAAGUCUGGACCGAAUACAACAGCAGGAUGCCUAUCAUGCUGGGAGAAUUCAACAACAGCACAAAGAACUAGAAAAGUUGCUUCUAGAAGGAUUGGAUGGUCAAAGUUCCAGAUCAGACCUGACAGUUGAGACAGGAGUGGAUCCACCAAGAGAAUUAGAAACAACAACUAAAUCAACUUCAACAACUGAACAAAUACCCACAACUACAAGCAUUAGCAUUGAGAGGACAGAAAAUACAGAUGAGGAGUUUCUUGACUGUUCUGACCUUAAAAAAGCAGGCUUUACUGAAUCAAAGGUGUACCGACUAGGACCAGAAAGAGAAUAUAAUAUGGCAGGAAGAGAUUUCUAUACAAGAUAUUGUAAUAUGGAAUCAGGGGGAGGAGGAUGGACGGUUAUUCAGCAUCGUGGAGAUUAUGGUGAACCCAAACAGAACUUUACAACUAAUUGGGAAACUUAUAAGCAUGGAUUUGGAGAUCUUCAGGGAGAGUUUUGGUUUGGAAAUGAUUACAUCAGCAGACUCUCUGGUGAAAGAGGAUUUAAUCUAAGAGUAGAACUGGAGUCCUGGGAUGGAAGGAAAGCAUAUGCUGAGUACACAACUUUUAGAUUGGAUGGUGAGGAUUCAGACUACAAGCUAUGGAUCGGAGGGUAUUCUGGGAAUGCUUCAGAUUCACUCUCGGUUCAUAAUGGAUACAAAUUCUCUACCAUUGAUAG